AUGACUGCAACUGUUCCUACUGUCGCUCGUACGGUGGUUCUUCAGAACUACGUCUCAGAAAAGCAUGGCCCAGACCUCUCUGCAUCACCUUCUGGCACCUUUGCCGUCAAGGAGGUUCCCAUUCCCAACUCCAUUCCAGAGGAUUCUCUUCUCAUUCAAACAAUCUAUCUCUCUAAUGAGCCGGGGCUCCGUCUCUUACUACAAGACUCUAUAAAGUUUGGACGUGCCGAGCUGGCCCCGAUUCCCCUCGGGUCACCCGUUAUGUGGCCUGCAGCGAUCGGUCGCAUUGUGCAAGUUGGUGGCAACGAAACGAACGGACAGCAUAAGGUCGGCGAUAUUGUGCAGAUAUUACAGUCUUACUGGGCAGAUUAUGUUGUUGUGAAGAAAGACAUGGUUAAGCUGAGAAAAGAAAUACGCGGUGUCCCCAUCAGUGCACAUUUAGGCAACCUUGGAGUAUCUGGUGCUACAGCAUAUUGGGCAUUGAAAGAUGUGCUGAAGCCUAAGGAGUCCCAUACACUCGUCGUAAGCGGGGCUGCUGGAGCCGUUGGGAACGUGGCCCUCCAGUUUGCCAAGAAAGUCAUAGGAGUCAAGCGUGUCGUCGGAAUUGCUGGCACUGACGAGAAAUGCAAGUGGCUGAAGAGUAUCGGAGCGGAUGACGCCGUUAAUUAUAAAAGCCCGACAUUUGUUGAAGACCUGAAGAAAGUAACCCCCGACAAGGUUGACUUAUUCUUUGAUAACGUUGGCGGAUCGAUUUUGGACGACGUGAUGAUGCGUAUGAAUCCUCACGGUGCCAUAUGUAUCGUUGGAAGAAUGGCUCAUAUGAAAGACCCACAGGGACCAGUCGUCGUGCGUAACUACGGGCAAAUACUCGUCAACAGGUUGUCACUGGAGGGUUUCACGCUCUUUGACUACGUCGAUCGUAUCGACGAGGCCGAAGAGGCACUUACUUCGGCGGCGGCCUUGGGCAAGCUUGUGUUGAAUAGUGCGGAAACUAUUGUUGACGUCCACGGAAACGUCGAAGAGAUACCGAGGGUUUGGAAUGGGUUGUUCACAGGCACGAACACUGGAAAGCUGAUUACGAAGUUAGCAGACUGA